UCCCACAAUGCAACGCGGCGACAACUGUAAUCUCUUCUUCUUCCACACACAUGGGUGGAAAAACCAAUGCUUGCUAAAAUAUUUUUUGUUAAAUUAACACAACUGCGUUUCUCAAAGCGUGACUCCUGUUCGACUCUGCUACCAAAUGAAAGUCAAAGUUCUCUCGAGGAACCCGGAUGAUUACGUCCGGGAAACCAAGCUGGAUAUUCAACGUGUCCCUAGAAACUAUGACCCAACCCUGCAUCCAUUUGAGGUGAACAGAGAGUACUGCCGGGCUCUGAAUGCCACCAAGCUGGAGAGGGUGUUUGCCAAGCCCUUCCUGGCCUCUCUGGACGGGCACAGGGAUGGUGUGAACUGCAUGGCCAAGCACACAAGGAGCCUCUCCACCCUGCUGUCUGGCGCCUGUGAUGGAGAGGUGAGAGUGUGGGAUCUGACCAAACGGGAAUGUGUCCGUACACUCCAAGCCCAUGAAGGUUUCGUCCGGGGAAUGGUCGUGCGCUUUUGUGGAACUUCCUUCUUUACGGCUGGUGACGACAAGACAAUCAAACAGUGGAAAAUGGAGGCACCAGGUUACGGAGAGGAAGAGGAGCCGAUCAACACUAUUCUGGGCAAGACUGUGUUCACAGGACUGGACCAUCAUCAGAAGGACAAUGUGCUUGCAACAUGUGGCCAGCAGGUGGACAUCUGGGACGAGCAGAGGAGUAGUCCAAUCCGUUCCUUCACCUGGGGCGUAGACAGCUUCAGCUCUGUCCGCUUCAACCCGGUGGAGACUGAACUUCUUGCAAGUUGUGCCUCUGACCGAAGUAUCGUUCUGUAUGACAUGAGAGAAUCUGCACCUCUCAAAAAGGUUAUCAUGACAAUGAGGAGCAACACUCUAUGCUGGAAUCCUAUGGAAGCAUAUUAUUUCACUUGUGCAAAUGAGGACUACAACCUCUACACAUACGACAUGAGGUACCUGAGGCAGCCAGUCACAGUGCACAUGGACCAUGUCUCAGCAGUGCUGGACGUGGACUACUCUCCCACCGGCAAAGAUUUUGUAUCUGCCAGUUUUGACAAGACCAUCCGCAUCUUCCCCAAGGACGCCGGCCACAGCAAGGAAGUGUACCACACCAAACGCAUGCAACAUGUCAUCUGCGUCAAGUGGUCGUCAGACAGCAAGUACGUCCUGAGUGGCUCUGAUGAAAUGAACAUCCGACUGUGGAAAGCCAACGCAGCUGAGAAACUAGGAAUGCUGGCCCCCAGAGAGAGGGCGGCUGUCAACUACAGUCAGAAGCUGAAGGAGAAGUUCCAGCACCACCCGCAGAUCCGACGCAUCGCUCACCACCGACAUCUACCCAAGAACAUCUACCACGAGACCAAAGAGCUGCGGACCAUGAAAGAGGCUCGCCGUAGGAAGGAGAGGAACGUCCGCAAGCACAGCAAACCAGGAAGUGUUCCUGUGGUGUCUGAGAAGGAGAAGCAUGUCGUCACUGUGUUGAAAUAAACCGAGCCGCAGAAGAGAAUGGAGAGCCCGGGGACUGUCGGCAGGAGAUGAGCUCACGAUCACAUCCUCACAUGGGACUUGUUCAGACUGAUCUGAGUUGAGAAUAAAAAACAUCAAAACUACUUGAUUGUGGGAAGCUGGGAGCUAAGCAUCACUCAAGGACACAGAUGAUCUCAUACAAGAAUAAUAAAUAUUAUGUUUGGUUCACCUGCUGCUACUAUGUUAGAAAGCAGCUUUGCUUCUUUCAUUAAUUUCAGUUUAUUAGGAUUCCUUUUAGUCGGAUUUUGGUCAAACUUCCGGACUAAUCACAUUAUUUACUUUGCAAGUUUGCAUUUUCCAUAACAGGAGCCAAGAUUCCCCAACUUAAUGUCCCUUCAGUUGGAAUCUUUGGAAUCACUAAAUGAUGUGCCUUGUGUCUUUAAGGAUUCAGAUCAUAUUAUGAAUUUCCCAUUGCGUCUAAAGAUAAAACUGGAUUUAUCUGUUUUGAAUAGACACAUGACCUCCUCUCUAUCACACUGGCUGGUUUAUUUUGUAUUGUAUUAGACAUCAGAAAACAUUUCCUCGCUGUUGUUAAACCUAAUUCCCUAUAGACUAGGUAAUGUUUUUAAAAUACAUAUCUAUAUGUAUGGGAUGGCCAAACUGUCCAAUGAUGUGUAUUUAUAAUAAAAAAGAUGUGUGGUGAAAACA